AUGGGUAAACGAUACCGAACUGGUGAAGAAAAACACCGAGGUUUCAUGGAAAUAUUUAUUGUUGAUAUAUUGAUUGAUAUUGAUUUCAGAAGUCCCUAUAUGAUAUCACGUCGGCAGUAUGACGAUGACUAUUCUGAUUACUAUCGCGAUUUCAAGGCACAGUCCAGAGACUACGAUCGCCGGGUUCAGACAUAUCAGCAAGCGAUCUACUUCAUUCGGGUCAUGGCAUACAUCCAGAUCUUUAUCGCUGGAGUUCUGUUGGUAUCGGACGUGUCCCGAAUCGUACUCCUUUGGACUUUUGUCCAGUCAGCCAGUACCAUAAUCGAAAUGAUUUGUCAGCUGUCAUUUCCACUUUUCUCGCUCAUUCUCGGGUUUCUAUCGCUCACCAGUGCUUUGUCACCGUCAAGCGUCAUCUCGAAAUCGGUAGCCAUUCUUCUAAUUGCUGCCAUCGUACCGAAUUUUGUCUUUCCCAAACAAGCUGCUUUCAUAACUUUGUUUUUGAAACGAGUGGCUCCAACACUUGGAAAUAGUCCUGACUGGAAAACUCAGCUUCAUUGGGGCACAGAUGACAUUGCCUUUGUCCAAGAAAUGAAAAAGUUAGAGUUAUAG